GGGGUGACUUCAACAAUGUCCCUGAGAGAUGUGGGAGGGGAAGAGGAAUGUUUCGAAUGCGACGGCCAGGAUGACGAGAAGGCAGCAGCUGCUGAGCCGCUCGAUGCCCUGGACAUCCUGGAGGAGGUUCUCUGCGCUGAAAGAGUUGGCCAGAUGACUAAAACAUACAAUGACAUAGAUGCUGUCACGAGGCUUCUUGAGGAGAAAGAGCGGGAUUUGGAGUUGGCCGCGCGAAUCGGCCAGUCAUUGUUGAAGAAGAACAAGACCCUAACUGAGAGGAACGAACUUCUGGAAGAGCAGGUGGAACACAUUCGGGAGGAGGUGUCUCAGCUCCGACAUGAGCUGUCAAUGAAGGAUGAGCUGCUCCAGUUCUACACCAGCGCGGCUGAGGAGAGCGAGCCCGAGUCCGUCUGCUCUACCCCACUGAAGAGGAACGAGUCAUCCUCCUCCGUCCAGAACUAUUUCCACCUGGACUCCCUUCAGAAGAAGCUGAAGGACCUCGAAGAGGAGAACGUUGUACUUCGGUCUGAGGCUUGUCAGCUGAAGACGGAAACCAUCACCUAUGAGGAGAAGGAGCAGCAGCUGGUGAACGACUGUGUGAAGGAGCUGAGGGACGCCAACGUCCAGAUUGCGAGCAUCUCAGAGGAGCUGGCCAAGAAGACGGAAGAUGCCGCUCGCCAGCAGGAGGAGAUCACGCACCUGCUGUCGCAGAUCGUGGACCUACAGAAGAAGGCAAAAGCUUGUGCGGUGGAAAAUGAAGAGCUCGUCCAACACCUAGGCGCUGCCAAGGAUGCCCAGCGGCAGCUCACAGCAGAGUUGCGGGAGCUGGAGGACAAAUACGCAGAGUGCAUGGAGAUGCUUCACGAGGCGCAGGAGGAGCUGAAGAACCUGCGGAACAAGACGAUGCCCAACACCACGUCCCGGCGCUACCACUCGCUGGGCCUGUUCCCCAUGGACUCCCUGGCUGCAGAGAUCGAGGGAACUAUGCGUAAGGAGCUGCAGCUGGAAGAGCCGGAGUCUCCAGACAUCACUCACCAGAAGCGUGUCUUUGAGACCGUGAGAAACAUGAACCAAGUGGUCAAGCGGAGAUCACUGACCCCUUCCCCUAUGAACAUCCCUGGCUCCAACCAGUCCUCCGCCAUGAACUCCCUCCUGUCCAGCUGCGUCAGCACCCCCCGUUCCAGCUUCUACGGCAGCGAUGUUGGCAACGUGGUCCUUGACAACAAGACCAACAGCAUCCUCCUGGAAACUGAGGCAGCCGACCUGGGGAAUGAGGAGCGCAAUAAGAAGCCAGGCACCCCAGGCACCCCUGGCUCCCACGACCUGGAGACAGCACUCAGGCGGCUGUCCCUGCGCCGGGAGAACUACCUGUCUGAGCGGAGGUUCUUUGAGGAGGAGCAGGAGAGGAAGCUGCGGGAGCUGGCUGAGAAGGGCGAGCUGCACAGUGGAUCCCUCACGCCCACCGAGAGCAUCAUGUCCCUGGGCACGCACUCACGCUUCUCUGAGUUCACGGGCUUCUCUGGCAUGUCCUUCAGCAGUCGCUCCUACCUGCCUGAGAAGCUGCAGAUCGUGAAGCCGCUCGAAGGUUCAGCCACGCUUCACCACUGGCAGCAAUUAGCCCAACCUCAUCUUGGGGGCAUCCUAGACCCCCGUCCUGGUGUGGUCACCAAGGGCUUCCGGACGCUGGACGUUGACUUGGAUGAAGUGUACUGCCUUAACGACUUUGAGGAAGACGAUACAGGUGACCACAUUUCUCUCACGGGCCUAGCUACCUCCACGCCAGUUCAGCACCCGGAGACCUCAGGUGAGAGGUCCCGAGCACGUGUGACUGUCUCAGGCAGCAGAAGUUACUCCAGCCAGCCUCAGGCUUCCCCAGAGGAGAUGCAACAGCCGCCAGCGCCAGCGGGCCUGGAGGAGGAGGAGGAGGGGUCUGGUGAGGGCACCUCAAUUAGUCCUGUAAACCUGACACCUGUACCGGAGACAGAGCUCUGGGCUUUGCUCUCCUCUGUCCCUGGCACCAUCCGUAGCAACUCUGUGUCUGUAGCUUCCGCUCGUCUGUGUGGGUGAUAGCAAAAAACCGUCCCAUCGUCAGGCUCCGUGUUUUAAAUAGAGACCAAGCCCUCCACUUUGUGACAGAUGGGCGCCUCUGCCCAUCUCGGAGGUGCAGGGCCCAGCAGGGCCCUGCGUGGGAGCGGGAGAGGCUGCUAAAAAGUGGGGUACGGUGCCCCAAGAACAGGUACUCCCAGGUUCUGUCGUGGCCGACCUGCCCUGACUCUGAUAGGGGUCCCAGAGUGAGCAAGCCAAGCAGUUUUGGGGCAUGCUGAUAGUGAGAGGCAGUGGGCUGUGUGAAACUCGGACAGAAGCCCAGGGACUACUUAGAUGGUGCCUAGUAAGUAGGUCCUGUCAGCUCUGUGACCUGGCUCAACUUCGGUGAAGGGUAUUGCUACUUUCAUGUAUUCAAAAUGGAUUUUUUUUAAAAAAAUAAGUGAUUAGUGAUACUCUUUAACCAGAUACGCCCUAAGAGAUGUCAUUCAGCUCUUACAAAGAGGAUGCUAGGUGCUUUGGCCAGCCCCUGUCCCACCACCAGGUACCAGCAAUGACCUCGGGUGUACUGGGUGACCCACAAACCUCUUACACUGGAAUGGGAAGUUUGUGCUCAGGGCUCCUAGAACCUCUGGGGCCUUGUGUAGUUACCCAUAUGCUAACCCGUAUAUUCCAAUUACUUUGUCCUUGGACCUCCUAACUCAUUGUCCGAGAAGACAAAGAACUCAGGGUUAAGUGAGUGACCCCAAUGCCAUCAUCCUCAUGACAUCCCCAGGCCACUGAAUGCAAAGAGAGGAUAUUUAUCUUUCUGGUUCAUAAUUUUGAUUUGUAGAAGCCACAACAUUGCCAUGAAAUCCAAGGCAGGAUGGAGCCAAGGUUUUGGUGGUGUCUCAGAUAGCUGUGGUCAAGGAGGCGUGGCCUAGACCAGCUUUCUUUAAAUGCCAGCUUUAGAGGCAUCAUCACAAAAAUGUCUGUUCACCAAGUGCAGGGUAUAGGGGAAUGAGAGUCCCAUCCUGUGAGAGCCGCACAGUUAGGUCUGGGGCGUGUACUUAAAACUCAAGCACUACAACUACCAGGAACCUGAGGUAGGAGGAUCUCAAGUUCAAGGCCAGUCUGGGCUAUAUAGUACGGUUCUAUUUCAACAAUAUAAAACCAAAGGACAGGACAGUAAGGUGCAGCCGAGUCUCCCUUUGUUGUCCACGCUGGGCCCCAUGUGAGGGCAGGCAGCACCAGCGUCUGGCUAAUGCCAUGGCAAGAGGACAGGAGUUAGGCCACGUAGAGCCUUCCCAGAGCUGGGGUGCCCGUCCUGGAAAAUGAACAAUGCACCCCAGCUGUUUUGGGGGACGUUGUUCAGAAAGGAAUAAAAUCAUUGCACCAAGAGCUGGGUGAGGUCAGAGGGUGAGAGUCUUGGUUAUAAGGACUGGAGACCCAGCCUCUGUCCUUCUUGUGACAGUGGCCUUUCUGGCUUAAUGCUCUACCCCUUGUUGAGUCUUCCAGUACAUUCACCCAGCGACUUGAUUUGAGGGUAGCCAGACACACACAGAGCAGAAACUAUAGAAGGGUCAAGCUCAGGUGUGUGCCCCGAGCAUAGCUAAGCAGUUCAGGAAUGGUGUCCCCGCUUAGGGGCAAAUUCUCUAGAGCUUAUUUUCUUUGCGGAAGUUUCUUCUCUGGAAGCGCCCUGCAGAGGGGAAGGCAAGCCACCCUGCAGCGGGGAAGGCAGGCCACCCUGCAGAGGGGAAGGCAGGCCACCCUGCAGCGGGGAAGGCAGGCGUGCAGAGCCAUGCAGAGCCAUGACUUUCUCCACUGAGAUGACAGGAUCAUUCCGCUGUCAGGCAUGGGAGUGUGAGAUUCUGUUCACCCCUCCAGUCAGGCAGGAUACCCCAAAUGAUGCACAGUCGGGGCAGUGGUUAGAGGCUGAUGGGUCUCCAUAGGAGGACCUGGAGCUCCACAGUCUUGGGAUCUGUGUCCCGCUGGCUCAGCACUGACCUCUGAGCUCCCAGUGCUGCUGUGUGCCUCAGAGGGCAGAAGGCAGUUGACAGUCUUCCUUACAAUUGGUACCAGUGGGGUGAAGAGUGGCAAGACUCACCUAGUAGACAUUUUUAUUAGUGUAAUUUUAAUGUGUCUUUUGAAGCAUCCUUUGAUUCUUUUCCUUAAUCCUGUGUCUUCAGAAGGCUGGUUCCAUGUUGUUGUGUUGUAAAUGAUCUAGAAGAUUAAAAUGGACGGUUGAAAAAAACCUUUAGGUCAUAGUUUUACUUCAUUUUAAUGAUUGUUUGAUGUCCUGAAUUAACAUAGGGAGCACAUUUUUUUUUUUUUCAGGAUAGACAUCACCUGGUCCUACCAAGUACUCUUUUAAUUUAUGGUUGGGGACAACCUGCGUGAGGGAAAGGGUUAAUUACGCCCACGUGGCAGCUGGCUGGGUGGCAUGUGCUUCAAGAUUAAGCUCGGAUGGAUUCUCCUGAGGAUCCAGAGGGCGUGGGUAAAGGUGGAAUUAGACCAACAUCAGAGAUGAAGUCACAAGUCGGUUUAUCUGUCUGUCACUUGCAUAUAUGGAGCUAGUACCCUGGGACUGGCUCAUGCCUAAUCCACCUGUGUCCCCACAGUGCACAUGAGUCACAGUUGGGCCCCGAGAUCCUGGCCUCAGUGUAGACCCUGAAAACCCCACCCAUUCUAAACAGACCCCAGAAGUUCUCCCACACCUCAAGCCCCAGAACCACUGGAAGCAAAGAGGUCAGGACACAGCCUUUCUGCCACUUCCUUAUCCAAAGCACAGGUCCAAGCUGUGCUUGGGAGUUUCUGUGGAGUGGAGGAACCAAAAGAAUAGCCCACCGCAGAGAGGGAGAAGUCUGGCCAUUGCAGCAGCCACAGAGCGGGUGCCCCCGGGAGCAAAGCCUCUCCCCGAGUCUGUGAUGCACUCAGUCCCUCGGCUUUCCACAGGAGAGGGUCCACAUAGCUCGUAUGACAAAGAUGGCCAGUGGGUCCGGAAGGGAAGGCCGGUACAGUUGGCUCAGAGGGAAGUGCCUUCCUUGUCCCCCGUGGGAUGGAACAUUUUCCCAGCCCUGGCUCUGCCUCCUUGAGUGCUGCUCACACCCACACGUCAGGACAUGCUAAGAAAAAAACCGUCCUCGGCUCUUUCUAAGAGCGUUCGGUGAACUGAGAACAGGUCAUCUGCAACCUGGAGGCAGAGCCGUGACUUAGGAUGGAAGGGCCAAUUCCUCGAAAGUGGUCGGUGCAGGCUUGUCCCUGCCUACAGCUUACAGAGCAAAGCCAACUGCAUCCAACCUCCACACUGCGGGAGUGCCUCCAUUCCAGGGCACUGGCACUGCUGCGCGGCUUGCUGAGGCAUCCUGGUAGCUUCGCUCACGUGGAGGGGCCUACAUGAGCACUCAGGAAUGUUCAGACAGAGGAGAAUGGGAGACAUACUGUCUAACCCGCCCACACAGCAAGGACCCUUUCUGGCCUCCUUGGAUCAGCCCCAGAAGCAACGUGGGAUCUGGCCUUGUUGAUAGAAAAAGAUCUGGAGGGAGUUUUGCAUUUACCCCCUCGACAGUUUUACCAUGUUGUAGAAUUGUCCUUUCCUCCAGAAGAUACCUCACAGCCACUGAAAAGCUCUCCCUGCCCUCUCUGCAGGAUGUUGUGAAGUGGUUCAUCUCCUAAUUCAGACAUUUUUGUGAUGAAGCAGGCAGCAGUUUACUAUGGUGAGAAUAGAAUCUUUAAGUUCACGAGUCAGUUGUAUAGAAUCAGAAAAAGAGCUUAUGAUUCUUUUCAGUCUCCGCAAUGGAACCUUCCAGAAAACCUACCAGACUGGGGUGUAAUGGAUUGGGAGCCAGGGGCCUUCACAGAGCUACAGGACCAGACUAGGGUUGUGUAAAAGAAACUUUCAAGAAGCAGAGAAAACUGGAAACAAAGGGAAGCCAGAAGCUAAGAGCUUAGAAGCUUUUGCCAAUAAAGUACAAUUAAUAGUUUAAAACCAUUUUUAUCUUGAUAAGGUGGGGUCUUCUGUCAUCCCAGCACUCGGGUGGCUGAGACAGGAGGAUUAUGAAUUCAAAAGCUAGCUUAUGCUACACAACUGGCCUGUAUGUCAAGACAAGUUUUGCAUAGUCUCAUUUGAAACCAGUGUGGCAAUGUCCCUGUAUGGAGGAGAGCACAGGCUAAUGAUGCCACAGCCUCUGUUCCGUUUAUAUGAAUGUCACAGUUGGGCACAUGGCUUUAGACAUGAUCUCUCACAGACACUGUUCCAUCAAACAUAUCCCUGCUCUGAUGUUCACUUUCUUAGGAAGAACUCUAAAACAGUGCUUUUAGCUCAUGAGAAGGAACCUUGGGUGGGGCAGCCUUGCCAUCCUGGCCGGACAGUGUCGUUUCCAGCUGGGCCUCUGUAGAAACAAAAUCAGGCUCAUGUGCUUUGGGCUUGAUGCAAGCCAGGCAGCCGGGCAGCUUUGAAGACAGCAGCUUUUACUUUCAGCAAGUUUGUUUGGUGGGAAAGGCACCUGGGUGCCACUGUGUGUGUGUGUGUGUGUGUGUGUGUGUGUGUGUGUGUGUGUGUGUGCGAGAGAGAGAGAGAGAGAGAGAGAGAGAGAGAGAGAGAGAGAGAGAAGGAGAAAGUUCUAGAAAAUGCAGGUCUAAAUCCCACGGCAGCAGCUUUACACCCACAUGGUCAAGUCAAGAAAGUGGAGUGGGGGGGAGAAAGUGGGGUUCACUGCUUCUUUCCCCCUGGCUGCCUGCUUCCCACAGAGUGAGUAUAAAUGUGCAAAAUUGGGGUCCCUUUUUCAAGAUUCU